UGCCAAACAAACACACGUGAAUGAGAGUCGGCCGAUCACACUGAUUCCCCCACUGACCCUGAACGCACCGCCAGCCUCGAACAGGUUUAUCUUAUUUGGCUAAUGAUCGGACAAGUUUGGUCUUUUGUUUGUUGGCGUCACGUGGAGGCCACGCUCGUCUGAGUGUUCUGCAGAAUCCGAGUGGGACUUCUUCUCGUGGUGUUUGAGGGAAAGAUGGAAGAUGGAAACAAAGCGUCGCAAGCUUUCGGAGGGCAGCAGAGGAACCAACACCCGCGACCCUUCUUCUACGUGCAGCCGCCGUCGCAGCCGUAUUACCUGUACCAGCCGUGGCAGCUCAACAGCCCGUACAGCCACUACGGUUUACCCGCAGGGUUCAACUACGCCCGGCCCUGCAUGCCUCCGUACCAGCCCUACAUGCAGUACCCCGGCUUGGUCUUCCCACAAGGCCCCAUGUACCCCAUGGACUACAGGCGCAUGUUUGAACCUCGGUUCCAGAACUGGAGCGAAGCACCUCGCCAGCAGAACCAUCCACGGAGGGAGACGGCCAGCUCUGAGGCUCAGACCGACCCCAACGAAGCCAUCACCAAGCUCAUCGAGUGCCUGGACAAGAUGCAGAGCGACGGGGUGCAGGCGCCUCAGAGGGAGAGGGAGCUGGACUCGGGUGUGGCGUCUCAGUCCUCCGCCAUCUUCUCGCCAGAGGACGAGAGGAAGAGCAAAGAGCAGAGUGCAGCGCUCAGCGAGAGUGGUCUGGAGUCGCCGGCUGUGGUCUUCAGCAUCUCCACCACGGCCGUGUAUGACGGCGAGUCUAGUCACAGGAGCCUGGACGUGUUGAGCCCUCAGGGCUGCUGGUCUGGAGGCCUGGAGGAGGAGCUGCCCCUGGACAGCUCCUCGGUUCACGAAGACGAGCCGUCACGGGCCGCAGCGGAGGAGCACUUCCGUGCGGCGGAGGUGGCUGCAGAUGUCCAGACAGAGGUUUGCGCCACCGAGCAGAAGCUGCCGCUGGGCGACCCCGAGGUGGAGUCCUGCCUGCCCGCUGCCGUCCAGAUGACUUCCAGGGACUCGGGCAGAUGCUCCCACAGGACACGCACCGCUGCAGACCCCAACUUCCAGAUCCUCAAACUCCCGUUUGAGGGCGUGUUGGCGUCUGGCGCUGCCGCCGCCGCCGGCCGCAUCUCCUCACCAACGUCGCCGUAUUACUACAACUACCUCUCCUUGCAGACGACUCAUGAGCGCAUGAGUGUCCUCAGCCCGUCCCUGGAUGAGCUGUCUUCACGAGAUGAGAUGUUCUCCACCGAUCUGGACGAGGUGGACCUCUUCCCAAAACACGUGUACGCCGGUCGCAGGUUCACGGAGACAGUUGGCGAGACACCGGCUGACACGGAUGAGGUGUGGCUGCCAGGCUCCACGCGAUUCAUGUGUGCCUGCUGUGGGAAAAACCUCGCCAAGGGUUCCAGCAGGAGUAAAGGCCUGCAGAGCAAGAAGUACCGGGACGAGGCUGCGGAUUCUGAGGACGAACGGUGCGAGCCACAAGUCCGGGUGGUGGUGAGGAAGCACUCGGCUCCCAGGAAGAAUUACGCGGCGCUGCCAAGACACAGCAGCAAGCCCUGGUAUAAGAGAGCUCCGUACCAGGACCCCCCGGAGCCGGUGGCCCAGGAAGGCGCUCGCCAGGCCGGCAAGCAGGAGGCCGACGGAGAGGGGGCGGCGCCGCCGGCUGGGGAAGAGAUGCAGUGCGGGUCGUGUCAGGACGAGAGCCGCCGGGAGGACGUGAUGGCGCCGGAGCAGAGGAGGUGGGGAGACGGCGAGGUGCUUCCUCGAAGGAGACACGCGGCUCCUCUGCCACGCGCAGAUGCCAGCGCUCAGAGGGUGUACAACAGGAGCAGAGAAGAGGACGACGCCACGGACCUGGCUCCCUGGGACAGAGCCUCCAAACCCAGAGAGCCCAGAUGUUGACGAGCGUUGUGGACCCAGGCGAGAAGCCUGCGUUGCGGCGCCCUCACCUGUCCGUCUGCUCUGCAGGUCCCCGUAGGUGGAACAGGAAGUUGAAGAUGUUUGGAGCACAGGGUGAAUGUCACAGCACGAGUGUUUUGGUUCAUAAAGAUGUUUUCAGCUGAGAAGCUGCCUCGCACCGAUGAGCUCACUGACUGGGGGGCGGGGUCACGCGGGGUCACUGUUGGUCAGUCCAAUAAAAUACUGAACCGAU